GAAAGCGAUGAGGAACAAGAAAUUAAUGAACAAUUAACAAUACUUUUAGAUCAGCAAGAAAAGGAUGCUUUUUUUUUAAAAUUAAGUACAUUUGUUUGUUGUAAAAAUAAAAUGUGCUUAACUAAAAUUGAUCAUGAAUUAGCGUUUCAAAUUUUUGAUAGUAUGCGAAAAUUAUCAAAAACAGAGUAUAAUAUGUUCUUUUUAGGGAUGCUUCAUGCAAUGGUUCGUUCUAACGAAACUUUACGUGGUAAAGAAAAACAAUAUUUAACCAUUAAAUAUACUUUUGAUAAUGAUGAAAUUUUGUGA